AUGGCAUACAAACGCCCUUCCGACGCCCAAUACACAUGGGUAUCCACCCCUAACUUGUGCGGUAUGCAAUCGAAUGGACUCGACUCCCUUGCGAGCCAUCCCGUUUCACCGGACACAGAGUAUGCUUGUAGCUCGGAUUCCUCGGAAUAUGAUUUGCGCGAAGUUAGCCAUCUCUCGUCUGACGGGAUCGAUCAUCAUCAUCUCAGUUCAGUCUUGUCUGUUAAACAUGCCAUACCGCUACCAACGGAAGGGUCCGUUCCUACCAUCGAGCAAAGUAUCUUCCCACAAGGAAACAUCGGUAACAAUGAGGAUCCGACUUCCGUCCACGGCUUCAACGAAGAACUAGAGCCUCGACAGAAUUCGGUCAACGGCUCAAGGUCUCCACCUGCCUCUCUACAACCGCUGUCCAGAACACAUUCUCGUGAUCUUACUUCGACACGUGACAGUCAACAAAGCACCAAUAGCAAUACUAUAGACUUGAGUCUCUCCACGGACAGAGCCCUUGAUACACAGUAUUGUUUGAGACCAGAUAAGGCGCAGCAAAAAAGGGAUGAUUCCAUGCAGCUGGAUUAUCCGUUUGAACGAGAUUUGGAGCACGUCAAGUUUAUACAAAACUCGUUAGUGGAUGGCUCAGCACCAACCGAAUCAGAGUCAGAGAACGGGAGAAUAUGGUCUGAAAACAGGAACUCAAUGCUAGCCAACAGCCCGCCUUCGCCCGGGUUUCCUUGCGCGGGUCUUUCUCUUGUGAAUGAUGCCGAAGGCGGUCUAUUGGACGAGACCCCCGAAGAGUAUCAGUUUAUCGACCUACGCUCUACAGCCUGCCAGGAUACUAUGAUCGACAUGAUCGUUCCGAAUCUCCUGGUUAUGCGCAUCCAGGACGAAACAUAUAUCACAAUGAUGAGAUUACCUCCGAUGAAGUCCCUGAAGAUUCUACAAUACACCAAUUUCCCCAAAGGGCCGGAACAGAGUUCGACACAGACCUAG